GCCAGCGAACAAGAUGGAUCCAAGUUUAGGAAGGGGCCCCCUUGUGUCCUGUUUUUAAUUGAUAUCAUUUGUGAUCGUUAGGGCCUCUGUUAGUGUUGACACACAUGGCGUGGCCAUUAUCUGCAUCUUGCUUCUAUUGCAGACCUGUGGUCUCUGUCCCUUUGUUUAAAGGUGGUAGCUUUAGUACAGAUGUCGUCUGUAGCCAUGCCUAAUUUGUGAGUGAUAUGGUAGUGCUAAAACAGUCACUACAUGUAUGAUGGUUUCUGUUAUGAGGGAUGUCAAUAAUGCCAAUGCGCUAGAUGUCGCUUUUUGCCGUUUUGACUGUACGACACAUGUUGCUUUGGCAUUGCCGCAUGUCAUAGUUGUUUUGGAUUAUUUCACUAGUUUUACGUCUUUCUAUCAUGUUUUUUUUAUUCGUUCUGUUUUAUUUUUAUUUCUUGAUUGACUAUGUUUUUUUUUCUUCAGUUUUCUUACUUUUCAUCGUUUGUUUUGUGGUCAUUUCUCAUCCGUGUUUCUUGUCUCAUUUGUUUCCUCAUCAGCAAACGCCCAACACUCCCGGGUUUGUGGGAUACAACCCAUACAGCCAUCUGGCCUACAACAACUACAGGCUGGGAGGAAACCCUGGCAACAACAGUCGGGUAACGAAUUCAUCAGGUAUUGCCAUCCCAAAACCACCCAAGCCCCCGGACAAGCCUUUGAUGCCCUACAUGCGAUAUAGUAGGAAGGUCUGGGACCAAGUUAAAGCCUCCAAUCCUGAUCUGAAGCUAUGGGAAAUUGGGAAGAUAAUCGGUGGCAUGUGGAGGGACCUCACUGAUGAGGAGAAACAGGAAUAUUUGAAUGACUACGAAGCAGAGAAGAUUGAGUACAAUGAGAGCAUGAAGGCCUACCACAACUCCCCAGCGUACCUGGCCUACGUCAACGCCAAGAACCGCGCCGAGGCCGCCCUGGAGGAGGAGAGCCGGCAGCGGCAGUCUCGCCUCGACAAGGGUGAGCCCUACCUCACCAUCCAGCCAGCCGAGGACCCCGAUGAUUACGACGACGGUUUUUCCAUGAAGCACUCGGCCGCCGCGCGUUUCCAGCGCAACCACCGCCUCAUCAGCGAGAUCCUGAGUGACAGCGUGGUCCCGGAUGUGCGUUCUGUCGUCACCACGGCGCGCAUGCAGGUGCUCAAACGCCAGGUCCAGUCGCUCAUGGUGCACCAGAGAAAGCUGGAGGCUGAGCUGCUGCAGAUUGAAGACCGUCACCAGCUCAAGAAGAGGAAAUUUCUCGAAGCAACCGAGGCAUUCACGAACGAGCUCAAAAGGUUGUGCUGUAUGAAGGUGGAAGUGGACAUGGAGAAGAUCUCCGCAGAGAUGGCCGCCGCUGAGGAGGUGUCCCGCAAGCGCACGGCCGAACGGGAGCGGGAGGGGGCAGAGGAGGCGGAGCAACCAACAAGCCCCACCCCAGCAGACAAAACAAAGACCCAGUGCCCCACCCACAGCAGCAAGCCCCACCCACACUCCCACAGCGACGGCAGCAAGAAGAAGGAGGAGGAGGAGGAGGAGGAGGAGGAGGAGGAGCUGGCCCCAGAGGCCAAACCCACAGAUACCGUAAUUCCAGCAGAGAAGUCGAAAGCCCCGGAGGAGCAGGACGCCCCGGCGGCCAGCGAGGAGGCCUCCCAGGAGGACAAGGAGAGCGUUGCCGAGGCAACGAUGGAGGAGUGCACCAGCGACAGCAACACUGGCUCCGAGACCCCCUGCACCCCAACCGAGGAGGCAGCGCACCCCGAAUCCAACUUCGACGGGUCCUCAGGAGGGCGUCCAACGCACUGACCCCCACACCCCUCAAAUCACGGGUGGGAUCUUACCCGUCCUCCAUCCAAUUGCCCACCCGCCCAGCCAAUCAAAUCGACUCGUAUGAGACUUCAUGCUGGAGAGGGAUCUCCGAGCUGAGCCACCGCCCGUCCGCCCGUCCGCCCAUCCCUACUCACUAUUGCACUUCUCUUCACGGAAAUGAAAUGACAGAAGAAGAAAAAAAAAUCACACAAGAUCUGCAUAUCAAUGUUAUGUUUUUCGGUGUUUUUUAAUCAUUGACUUGCUGUUGUUGCGCAAAUGACUCCACACAUACGACCUCUCUGGCCUUCGUUAGCUUCUGGUCCGCACAGUGUCGAGUGCUGUUUUUAUUAUGAAUGGUUGAAAUGAAACUGCAUGGGGUUAUGUACAAGUUUGACUGGAAUGUGUAACUUUUUUUUUAUUUCUAUAUUUACUUUUUAAAUGUUUGCAGUUGUGUUUUAUAGCUCACCGUUGUUGUGCUGUUGCUACGUACAACUGUCGCCUCGCACAGCCUCCGAAGGCGUCUCAGCUAACCCGGCCCUUUUCAUGCUGUGUUCACAUGUGGAGUGGGGGUAUUUUUCUGUGGUGGUUGUUUCUUCAUGAAGCCAUCGCUUUUGACAUGGACAAUCUGUUGCUUCUUGUGGUUGUAAGGCAGACACGGUGGACAUUCAGUGCACAGUGUUCAGUGCACAGUGUUCAAUGCACAGUGUUCAAUGCACUGUGUUCAGCGCACUGUGUUCAGCGCACAGUUAUGUGCAUGCAAAUGCGACCGAGCCCCAAGAAAACAAAAUGGUGGUAGAGUGAGAGAGCACAGAGGCUUCCGGCUGCAAGUCUGUGCAAACAUGAAGUCAAAGCAACAUCAAAGGACACCUGUUCAGUGGCCUAGCCCGAUAAAUGAGAAGGUCUUUGUUGUACUCAGCAGAGAUUGUUUCGCUCUUUCUUCCUUCCUUCCUUCCUUCCUGGCUCCUCUCCUUCAUUCUCCCUUCAUUUUUCCUGUUUUUUGCAAAAGAAGAGGCAGAAGAAGAACAAGAAACCAAUGAUAGUUUUUAAUGGGCCCUUCGUCCUGGAUUGUGUGGUGUGCUCUCUGUAUCAGUAUUAUGUGUUGCUGUCGUCUCAGGAGUUUGUAUUUACUCUUAGCGUGCUCUUUCUUAUUGCUUUGGCUUUCCUCCUGUAGUGUCUGUGCCAGUCGUGUAGGUGCUGUGUAGUGCUAUAGCGAAGCGCUAGGAGGAGCUAGCUCAGGUGAUCUCAGUCCCACUCCUCAGGGCGCCCCCCCCCCCCC